AUGAAGACUUUGGGCCUCCUCGGAGGCAUGAGCUGGGAGUCUACCACCACCUAUUACCAAGAGAUCAACCGUCGCGUACGAGAGGUUCAGGGCGGCCUCCACUCAGCGAGAUGCAUCGUUUUCUCGUUCGACUUUGCCGAGGUUGAGGAACUUCAGCACGCUGGGAAAUGGGAUGAGGCUGGCGCUUUACUCGAUGAUGCAGCCUCUAAACUGAAACUCGCCGGCGCCGAUGCUAUCGUGCUCUGCACAAACACCAUGCACUUUGUGUCCCACGGCAUCGAAAAGGCAUCGCAGCUGCCUCUCAUCCACAUCGUUGAUCCCACCGCCGACCGUAUUCUCAAGGCGGGCUUCAAGUCUGUCGGACUUCUCGGAACGCGAUUCACCAUGGAAAAGGACUUUUACAAGUCUCGCCUAGAAGAAAAGUUUGGAUUGAGCGUUAUUGUGCCUAACGAAGCGGGCAAAGAGACGGUGCAUUCCAUCAUCUACAGUGAGCUCUGUAGUGGUAUUAUUAACAGCGACUCGCGGGAAAAGUACCAUGAGAUUAUUAGAGAUCUGAAAAAGGCUGGCGCAGAGUGUCUUAUUCUUGGAUGUACCGAGAUCGGACUGUUGGUGGACGAGGCUGGAAGCGAGCUGCCAGUGUUUGAUACAGCCCAGAUUCAUGCAAUUGCAGCUGCAGACUGGGCCAUGGGGGUUUGA